AUGAAGUUUGUUAUAUUAGCUUUACUUGCUUUGGCAUCUGGACUCCAUGCCGAGAAGUUGAACCUCAAAGACCUAGGCUUUGUACUUUUUGGAAAAUAUGGUGAAGGUACUAAAACCUCUGUCGCAGCUGGCGCUUGCCCACUCGGAACUCUUCCAGCCACUGUAUUCCUUCACAAGACCUUUUCAAAGGGAGGUAAAUUCUUUACAUGGGUUAGACCAGUACAUGGUAAGGUUGAUGAAUUAGUAUGUGGAAACCUUGCUGUUUGGAAGGCUGCUGCUGGUGAAGUACUUCUUGACUUGCACUUUGUAGGUAACAAGGAUUCUGAGAAGUUUGUCCAUUUGGAACUCUUCCACCCAGCUGUAGGUUCUCACCACGUAUUCCUUAAAUUCGCUGCCGCUGGUACUCUUGAAGCUCAUCUUGGUAUGGCAGCCUUUGUAGCUGGUGUUCAUGGAUUAGUCGAAGGACUUCCUGCUCUUGAAGGACUUCCCGCACAUCCAUUUGUCCAUGCAUUGGCUGCUCAUGCUGCACAUCUUGCCCAUCAUGGUGUUCAUGCUGCACUAAGUGACGUUGGUGGUCUUGUUGUUCCUGCAUAA